AUGCGUGGCAUCAUUUCGGCUGGGAUGUGCUGGCUGCUUGCACACAGCGUGGAUGUCAAGCCGAGCCAGAUCUGCAGCUAUCGCAAAAGCCAGGACAAGGCCAUUUUGCCCACCAAACUGGAUGCUUUCACGGGCGCGCAGGUCUGGCUGAAGUUUCCCACUGAGGACGAGGCAAAGGUCUUCUGCGACGAGAACGAAGACUGUGUCGGCUACCACCAUCACCCUCAGACAAGGCUCUGGUACGUGCACCCUACGGGCUCCGAGCUCGCGGAAGAUCCGAUCACAAAAGGCUUUUCGGCCUUCAAGAAGAGAGAGAUCACCUGCCAUUCGCCCGCGGAUGAUGAUGAGGGGGAGGGUCAAGAAGAGGAAGAGCUAUAG